UUGUUUCUCAUGGCUUCUCUUAUUUCUUCAUUGUCGACUCUCAACUGGAGUUUCAAUGUCUUUGCGAGCUUUCACGGGCCUGAUGUCCGUAAAACACUUCUCAGCCACAUGCGUGAACAAUUUAAUGUCAAUGGUAUUACUAUGUAUAAUGAUCAAAAGAUGGUGAGAGGCGAAGAGAUAGCUCCUUCACUCACAACUGGUAUAAGAGAAUCCAGGAUCGCGAUUGUGAUUCUCUCCAAGAAAUAUGCUUCGUCAAGCUGGUGUUUGGAUGAACUGGUGGAGAUAUUGGAGUGCAAAAAAUCUAUGGGACAGAUAGUGAUGACCAUCUUCUAUGGAGUCGAGCCAUCCGAUGUACGGAAGCAGACCGGGGAAUUCGGGAUUGCUUUCGAGGAUACUUGUGAACGUAAGACAAACGAGGAAAAGCAGAAAUGGAUCAAAGCUUUGACUGAUGUGAGCAACAUUGCUGGAGUAGACUUCCUAAGAUGCGAAAAUGAAGCGGACAUGAUCAAGCAAAUUGCCAGAGACGUUUCAGAUAAACUCAAUGCGACACCGUCUAAAGACUUUGAUGACAUGGUGGGACUUGAACCUCAUAUAAGAGAAUUGAAGUCUUUACUAAAUUUAGAUGAUAAUGGAGUUAUGAUGGUUGCAAUCACUGGUCCUGCGGGCAUUGGUAAGACCACCAUUGCUAGGGCUUUGCAAAGUCAAAUCUCUGAUAGGUUUCAGCUUACUUGUUUUGUGGACAACCUUAGGGAAAACAAUCAUAGUGGAUUUGAUGAACAUGGUUGGAAGCUGCGUUUACAGGAGCAAUUUCUUUCAAAUGUUUUGAACCUUGGUAGUAUUAGGAUAUGCCAUUCAGGUGUGAUAGAAGAAAGGCUAUCCAAGCAUAAGGUGCUCAUCAUUCUUGAUGAUGUGUACCAUAUAAAGCAAUUAGAAGCGUUAGCAAAUGAAACUACAUGGUUUGGUUCUGGAAGUAGGAUUAUAGUUACCACAGAAAACAAAGAGAUUUUGCAGCAACAUGGUAUAAAAAAUACGUACCGUGUGGGGCUUCCAUCUGAUGAACAAGCGCUCAAGAUCUUAUGCAGAUAUGCUUUUGGAAAAAACUCUCAUAACCAUGGUUUUGAAAAGCUUCUACCAAGAGUGACAAAGCUUUGUGGUAAACUUCCGUUGGGUCUAAGUGUCGUGGGUUCAUCUUUACGUGGGAAGGAGGAGGAUGAAUGGGAAGAGGUACUGAGCAGGCUGGAAACUAGUAUUGAUCAAGAUAGCGGAACUAUUCUUGAUCGAGAUAUCGAGGACGUGCUAAGAGUGGGCUAUGAGAGUUUAGAUGAGAAUGAGCAAACGCUAUUUCUCCACAUUGCAGUCUUUUUCAACUAUAAAAGUUGGAAUCUCGUGAACACCAUGUUCGAUGACAGUGACUUGGAUGUCAAACAUGGUUUGAAGAUCCUUGUAAGCAGAUCUCUCAUCAUAAAGACAAUUGGAUGUGAGCAAAGAAUAGUGAUGCACAGAUUACUAGAACAAAUGGGUAAAAAAGCCAUUCAAAAACAAGACCCUUGGAAACGCCGGAUCUUGAUGAAUGCUCGGGAGAUUUGUGAUGUUCUUCAACAUGCCAAAGGUACAUGGAACGUUCUUGGUAUAUCGUUUGAUAUAUCAAGAAUCAACGAACUAUCCAUCAGCAAGAAAGCUUUUAAAAGAAUGACUGAUCUCCGAUUCCUCAAAAUUUACAAAAGACAAUAUGACGGGAAUGAUAGAAUGCAUAUACCGGAGGAGAUUCAGUUUCCGUGCGGACUAAGGUUACUAGAUUGGGAAGCAUAUCCGAGCAAGUGUCUUCCUCCUACAUUCAAUCCUCAAUAUCUUGUCGAACUCAGUAUGAAGAAUAGCAAGCUCGAGAAGCUAUGGGAAGGGAUCAAGCCGCUUGCAAAUCUCCAGAAAGUGGAUUUUUCAGGAUCUGUUCAUUUGAAGGAACUUCCCGAUCUUUCAAAUGCUACAAAUCUUGAGAAGUUGGAUCUGAUAGGUUGCGAGAGCUUGGUAGAGAUUCCAUCCUCUUGUUCGAAUCUUCAUAAGCUACAGAAGUUGUGGGUGACUGGAUGCAUAAACCUACAAGUAAUUCCAGAUCGCAUGAACUUGGCAUCGCUUGAUGAAGUCCUCAUGAGAAGAUGUUCGAGGUUGAGAAACAUUCCAGUCAUGUCAACGAACAUCAGAAAGCUGUGUAUAUCGGAGACAGCGGUUGAAGAUGUGCCUGCAUCAACUAAGCUGUGGACUCGUCUUACGUCUCUCAGUAUAAACAAAGGUGGAAAGCUCAAGAGAUUAACAUAUCUCCCCAAGAAUGUCACAGAUCUAGACCUAAGCUAUUCUGAUAUUCAAAAGAUUUCAGAUAGUAUCAAAUCCCUUCAUCAGCUACGGAACCUUAAUCUAGCUGGUUGCACAAGACUCUCAGCUUUACCAAAGCUCCCUGGCUCGCUCAAUACCGUAAUAGCGGAAGACUGUGAAGCAAUUUUUAAACAAUCUUUUUUUAUAGGAGUGGCACUCUUACCAGGAAAAGAAGUGCCCGAAGAGUUUGAUCACCGAGGCAGAGGAACCUCAUUGACUAUCCGUCCUGACGGCAACCCUUACAGCGGCUUUGUGGUUUGCGUGGUGAUUUCCCCUAAGCAGCAAGAGUUUAGUUUUUCCCAGCUAAUGUGUCGUCGCAUAGGCGUAGCUCAAGACGACUUCUAUCCAGUUGAAAUGUUGGUCUACGUAGGCGAAGUCCACAAGUUUCGAAGGGAGCAUCUAUUUGUAUUCGACUCUCGGUUUCUAGAGUUUUACCCGUCUGAUAUGAGCAGAGAGAUAGUACUCGAGCUGAGCAGCAACUCCAACGAUUUUUAUAUUAUUGACUGUGGUGCCAGGAUCUUGACCGAAGAGAAUGGGAGCAAUGAAUCUGGCUUAGACGACCAAGUGUUAGAAGAAGAAACUGAGGGUGGAAAAUGUACUGAUUGUUGGAGUUGGCUCUUCCUCUGCUUCGAUCUCUCUGGCUUAGUGGGAGACAUCAGAAGCUUAGUUUCUGGAAGAAGAGGGUAGAAGCUAGAAGCAGGGAAGCAUUCGUAUGUCUGCAUUGAAAAAGCAUACCAAGAUGAUGAUUACGUUGCUAGCAGAUCUGUUUAAAUCUGAAAUGUGGAAACAACUUGCUUUGAUCUAAAAUGAGGACAUGAAUUAAUGGAUGUAUC